AACCUGGUGGCCUUGGGUGUGGGCAACACCCUGGGGGCUGGCAUCUACAUCCUGGUUGGUGGAGUGGCCAAGCACAUAGCUGGACCAGCAAUUGUCGUCUGCUUCCUGGUGGCCGCCCUGUCUUCUGUGUUGUCUGGGCUCUGCUAUGCGGAGUUUGGGGCCCGGGUACCACGUUCUGGGUCUGCGUACCUCUACAGCUAUGUCACAGUGGGAGAACUGUGUGCCUACAUCACUGGCUGGAACCUCAUACUGUCCUUAGUCAUUGCCGUAGCAAGUGUGGCCAGGGCCUGGAGCUACACCUUUGACAGCCUGAUUGGGAACCACAUCUCUCAGGGCCUGCAGGAAACGUUCUCUCCUCAUAUGCCCUCUUUCCUGGCCGUGUACCCAGACUUUGUGGUGCUGGGCCUGGUGCUGCUGAUGACUGGAGCGCUGGUUCUGGGAGCUCGAGAGUCGGCCCUGGUUACCAAAGUGUUCACAGGCCUGAACCUUUUGGUUCUCGGCUUCAUCAUCCUCUCUGGCUUCAUUAAGGGAGACCUGCACAACUGGCAGCUCAUGGAGCAGGAAUAUAACUUGACAGCACCUGGACCCAGUGGCACCUACAGCUUGGGCCCUCUGGGUUCUGGAGGGUUUGUGCCUUUUGGCUUUGAUGGGAUUCUCCAAGGAGCAGCUACAUGUUUCUACGCAUUUGUUGGCUUUGAAGAUAUUGCCACUAAAGGGGAGGAAGCCCAGAAUCCUCAGCGCUCCAUCCCCUUGAGCAUCAUGAUCUCUAUCUUCAUCUGCUUUUUGGCGUAUUUUGGCGUCUCAGUGUCACUCACCCUCAUGGUGCCAUACUACCAGAUUGACCCCGAGAGCCCCUUGCCGCAGGCUCUUCUCCACGUUGGGUGGGCUCCUGCCGGCCAUGUGGUGGCUGUCGGCACCCUCUGUGCACUUGCACGCAGCCUCCUGGGUGUCAUGUUUUUCAUACCUCAGUUGAUCUACACAAUGGCAAAGGACGGGCUGCUUUUCCAAGGACUUGCCCAGACCCAUGCUCACACACGCAUGCCCAUCGUGGCCACCUUGGUUUCUGGAAAUCUUGCAGGGAUCAUGGCGUUACUCUUUGAGUUCAGUGAUCUUGUGGUCCUCGUGUCAGUUGGGACCCUGCUGGCUUACUCCCUGUUAGCUCUUUCUGUUCUCGUUAUCAGGUACCAGCCAGACCGGAAUUUAAGCAAGAGUGAGAAAACAAGGGAGAACAUUGGGAUGAAGCAUCAACGUGGAAACUCAAACAUUCUAAAGACUCUGUGUGACCCUAUGAACACCAGCCCCUCUCAGAAAUCUGGCUGGAUUGUCUACAGAUGUGCCUUACUGCUUGUUCCCCUGCUGACGGCCCUGAGCCUGGUGCUGGCCCAGUGGCCCCGCCGUGUGUUCUCUGGAGACCCCGUCUGCACAACGGUGGCUGUGCUGCUGCUGGUGCUCAUCGCCGGGGUCACUGUCACCAUCUGGAGGCAGCCCCAGGGCCCCACUCCUCCUCCCUUCAAGGUGCCUGCUCUGCCUGUCCUCCCACUGCUGAGCAUCUUCGUGAAUGUCCACUUGAUGAUGCAGAUGACCACUCGGACCUGGGCCCAGUUUGGUGUCUGGAAUGCCAUUGGUCUCGCCAUAUACUUUGGAUAUGGGAUCCGACACAGCUCGGCGGGGACCACUGAUCCACAGCCUCCAGCCUCCGACUCACAGACUCUUGACAAUAACAUCCCUGGUGAUGAAUCCUCUUAA